UGCAGGUAUUGAGAAAAAUAGUAUCUUCUAGAAAAGAAUGCAGUGUCUUAAAGCACCAUUAUUAUUGAAUUCAAGAAGACGUUAUAUAAUAAAUAAGUUAAGUUGUGAUGAGAAAAUAAAAUAAAAUAUAAAUUUUUUUAAGGAUUUUUUUAAAAUUUUGAAUACAAAAGUGCAGUAAAAUAUUUAUGCAAACUUAUUUACAACAUGUAUAUAAUAUAAAUGAUGGAUAUAGACAGUUACAUAAUGCCACGUAAAUGUACAGAUCAUCUUCAUUCAAAACAAUUUUUCUAUCACCAGAGACAAAGUUUGAAAUGUUGUUAUUGUAAAUAUCCAAUAAUUGUUCGACAUAGCCGACAGUUAGAACACACAACUGUAGAAGAACUUUGUGACAAGAUUCUUUCGUGUAAUAUAAGACUUAACAAGAGACAUUUGCAGACAAGAAGUGCUAAAAGUGUUUCAGAUCUUUGUGCUAAUAUUGUUACAAGAGGAAUUGUUCAAGCUGCAAACAGAGAGUGUUUAUGUACGACAACAUAUUCAUCUAAAACUAUUGGAAUAGAUUCUUCGUUAUCAUCAGUAGAACUAAGAAGCAUCAUUUUUCCAAGGAAAUGUUUUAGUCUCCCACACUGUUAUAAACCUCAUUUAAAUUUAAACUGUGGUUGUGCACAAGAUGAAAAAUGUACACCAAAAUGGGAAAUUCGGGAAACAAACAAAACAGUAACAUCAGAAUCUGAAAUAAACCAUGUUAACAGUCAGAAAAGAAUUAAUCCAUCAGAAUUUAAAAUGAAAUUGGAUGUAAUGAAAAAAUGGUUUGGAGAAUUUAAUGAUGAACAGAAAAAUAUAAUGUUAAAGACCCUUAUGAGUCAGUGUGGUGCUUCUCAAAAUCACAUGUUAUCUGUAACGAUGACUCCAAUUAUGCAUCAGUUUUGUCCUCCAAAUUGUGAAGAUUUGUUAUCAUGGUUACCACAAAAUCUAGCUUUAUAUAUACUGUCUUUUCUUGAUACAG